AUGUCCGUACGUGACCUGGCCAUUAUAUGGAUUCCUGCGGCCAAUGUUUGGAAGAGGGACUUGCAACGCCUACUAGGACUCAUUACAGUUGUAAUCCCCUCAGAUAGAUUCGUUGCAACAAAUUCUUUCCAGAAACUCAUUUUUGUCAAUGCCAUUACCUUAGAUAUUUCAAGCGGAAUUUCUUCCUAUUUCAGUAACACAGAGUUUGAAGCCUGGGGUUGUCUUGAACAUUUAGCAAAAGUGUGUGUGCAUUUGACAUCAGAAGAUCAGGACGAAAUCCUCGGCAAAUAUAGGAAUCAUCUGCGUUCAAUAUCUUCGUCUACAUCAACACUUAAAAGAGCAAAAGACAAAGCCUCUAAGCUGUAUGAUACUGCGGAACAUUCAUUUCAACGUGCUCAUUUUUUAAAAGAAUUGAUACAUAGGUACGUUGACACGAAUGCAACCGAGGGUCUUGUAAAUGCCACCAAAAAUCUCGUGAAUGCAAAAGAAAAUUUAUAUGAAUCGAAACUGAAGGCACGUGCAUAUGAUAGAUAUAUAGAAAAUACGGAUAAAGAUGAUCGUUCAUCCAAAUGCCCUAGACAAGAGACAAUAAUUUCAGAAGAGGACAAAAAACAACCUGACACAAAUACAAUACCCAGAGCAGAUGAUGAUAAUUUUGAUG